AUACCUAAAAUAAUAUAGCGAUUUUCAUACAAUCUAAAAUUUUGAAAAAUUUGUAUUACACAUUAAUAUCAUUGACAUUCAUGGUUAAAUUUUGAACAAUAAUUGCAUUUAAUUAUUGAUUGAAUGAAUAUGAAUAAGUGGGUAUUUAAUGUAAGGCUUUCUCGGAAUAUUAAACACAUCCAGUAUUUGAAUAUUAGAUUCUACUCGGAUUCUGCAGUUAGAGUACGAUUUGCUCCAAGUCCUACUGGGCAGUUACAUUUAGGUGGAUUUCGUACUGCACUUUACAAUUAUUUAUUCGCUAAAUCAAAAGGUGGUAAAUACAUUUUAAGAAUUGAGGAUACUGAUCGUACAAGAGUAGUGGACGAUGCGGUAGAACAACUUCAAGAAGAUUUAAAAUGGCUGGGAAUUGAAUUUGAUGAAGGACCUAGUAAUAAUGGACCAUAUGGUCCAUAUAUUCAAUCUGAGCGCCUGGAAAAUUACCAGAGAAGAACACAGCAAUUGUUAAGUAGUGGACAUGCCUACAAAUGUUAUUGUACCGAGAAAAGACUAGAGCUUUUAAGAAGAGAUGCGUUGCGUACUAGAACUAUUCCCCGCUAUGACAAUAAAUGUAGAAGUUUAGAUGACGAAGAUUUAAGUCAUAAUGAAGGGAAAAAAUACUGUAUCAGAUUCAAGUUGAACCAAAGUGAUGGUUUUUUCAAUGAUCUUGUCUAUGGCCGUACUGCGAGAAAUGUGGCAGCUGUUGAAGGAGACCCAGUAAUACUAAAAUCUGAUGGUUUUCCAACUUAUCACUUAGCUAAUGUUGUUGAUGAUCAUGAUAUGAAAAUUACACAUGUCCUUAGAGGUGUUGAAUGGCAACCAUCAACAUCCAAACAUAUUUUACUUUAUAGAGCAUUUGGUUGGAAUCCACCAAACUUUGCACACUUACCAUUGUUGAUCAAUAAAGAUGGAACAAAACUUUCAAAGCGUCAAAAUGAUAUAACCAUCAAUGCAUAUCGUCAAAAAGGCAUUUAUCCUGAGGCACUUUUAAACUUUGUUAUUAGUUGUGGGGGAGGAUUUGUUCAGAAUAAAGAAACGAAUAAUGUUUACAUAAAACCUCUAUCAGAACUUAUUUCUAAAUUUGACAUAAGCUUGAUAAAUUCAAAUUCAUGUCAGGUUCCUCUGGAUAAGCUUGGAUAUUUUAAUCAAGCUCAAUUAAAAAUUGAAUUAAAUACGGAUUUAGGAAGGAAACGAACAACUGAAGAAUUAAAAAAUAUUGUUAAAAAUACAUUUUCUAACGACAAAUCAGUGGAUUUAGAUUUAUCUGAGAAUCAUUUAAACAAAAUACUUAAGUGGAGUAUUAAUAGGAUAACAAAUAUUAACGAACUAGUUCAUGAAAACUAUAAGUUUAUUUGGUUAAAACCAUCAGAGUCGGCUAUAAAAUCUAUGGAUUAUGAUAUAGACAUAGUAAUCAAACUAAAACAUCAUUUAAUAAACAUAGAUGAUUUCACUAUUGAUAAUUUAGGAACGGUAUUAAAAGAAUUUUCAAAAUCAAACAAUAUUGUUUAUAGUAAUUUAAUGAAAAUGCUACGCAACAUCAUCAGUGGAUUGAAGGCUAGUAAAUUAAAAAUUAGAUUAUUAUUAUUUAUUUUUAAAUCAUUUUUAUUAUUUAUGUAUUCUUCUUUGCAGCAAGGUCCAGGUGUUAGUGAAAUAAUGGUAAUACUUGGCAAAGAAGAAGUGAUAGCGAGAUUAAAUAAAGCCUGUUUAAAGGGCUGAACAAUAUCUAAUUUCACUAUUAAAUAUGUUUAUUUUAACAAAUAUGUACUAGCAAAUAUAUUAUAAUGUGCAAAC